AUGGAGCAUGUCGUGGAUACAGCGCCCCGAAUUGGGCCAAAGACAGACAGUAGGGUGAGAUACAUCAUUAUUCAAUUCACAAGGCGAAACCACAGAGAUGGUUUCUGGAAGAUCAUGGCGGAUCUCAUCAAAGGAGGACAGAGAAGCGAGAGCAGCGCUGUAGCCCUGCAUCAGCCCUGCAUCAGCCCUGCAUCAGCCCGGCAUCAGCCCGGCAUCAGCCCUGCAUCAGCCCUGCAUCAGCCCUGCAUCAGCCCUGCAUCAGCCCGGCAUCAGCCCGGCAUCAGCCCUGCAUCAACCCUGCAUCAGCCCUGCAUCAGCCAAGCACGUUAA